AUAAAAACUUUCCCUCCUUCCUUAUCGUCAAACCUUUCCGGCCAAUAGCGGGAUUCAGGAUGAGUUCUGGAGAGUACUCCGAAGCCCCAAACGGAGAUGUGAUUCCCAUCGGAUCGUGAAGCUGCUCCCAACACUUCCUCCGGCAUUCCUCGCGUCGUCCCGAGCAUACGUGAUAAUGCUUCUAGAACAACAAUCAGGUUUACAUUUGCUUCACAAUCAGGCUUGUUUGUUGCAAGAUGAGAAAGCACAAGUAAAAGGCACAUUAGAAGAAGUAGCAUCUACCGGGAAGUUCUGGCAGGAUUGGGAAAAGUUAAAGGGCAUUCUAUCUUGGUGGUUGAAGAAGGUUCUUUCAGAAUAUCCAGAGGCAAAGAUGACGGACGAACAACAAAAGGAAGCUCUAGGAGAAACGUAUCCAGAGCUGGUUAGUCGAUUGGAUGAAGCUCUUCUUAGUUUCGACGAAGGUCCUCCAUUUACACUGCAGAGACUCUGUGAGAUCCUUUUGGCUGCAAGGAGUAUCUACCCAAAGCUCUCAAAGCUUGCUCUUGCAUUAGAAAAGAAUCUGUUGGUUACUUCUAUGCUAUCCAUCAGUACGGAACCGCAAUCACAAUCCACUGAGGAAGCAAACGCAGCAACGAAAGGCACAAACGGGACACAGCCAAAUGGAAUUGAAGCAGUGGUGGGAGGUGACAAGGAUGAGAUAAUGACAGAGGUAGAAGAAAAAGAAGCAGAUGUUGAUGACGCAAUGACUAUUGACAUGGAAACAAUCGAUGAACCAUCAGAAACAAUGACGACGACAGCGAGUGAGAGCGAGAAGCCAAGCGAAAUCAAACCAUCAUCGGAUUCAAUGGCUGCAGAGGGGAGGAGAUUCACGGUUGCCUUGAACCGUAUGCCUCAGAGAGACAGCGUUUGAACGAAACUAUUUCAAA